CGCUUGGGCGCGAGUGAAGACAAGAGCGGGCCAGGGUUGGUGGGACACGUGCGGAUGGGAGGUGCUGAUCGCUCAGCUCGCGCCCCUCCUCGAUCUGUGUCGGCUUCCUUCAUCCCCCGCUCACAUCGUCUGCCCCUCUAGCCCACGUGUGUGUGGUGGUCUCAGCCACCUCGUCAUGAGCGUCGGAGGAGUCACAGUCGCAGCUACACCGCCCGCGUCACAAUCUUCUCUACAUCAUCACCACCAUUACCUCCACCACCAUCACAGCAAUAAUAAUAACAACAAAAUCAUUAUUCAGCAGCAGCAGCAUCCUUCACGUGCCCAUCGUGGAUACUGCCCAGAGAUGUUCCCUGGGACUCGCUGGGACGAGCCGAAGGGAGACGGAGCGGAGGUCGGAGAGACCCUCGCGGGAGACGCGGGGGUUGUGCCAGCCGCCCUGCAGGUGAACGGUGACCAUGACCUGGACCCUCGUCUGGGCUCGAACCGGGCUACGUUCUCCCAGCGGCCAUCGUGGUUCCACGUGGGACCCGAAUCCCAGCCGCCAACAUCGACCCCGCUCAGCAUCAACGUGAACAUCGUGCUGGCGGAGCCGAGCCCCCUAAAUGGGGGGCUCAAACUGGGGGCGACUGAUGACGAUUGCGCCGCUGCUGCUGCUGCGUCGGACUUGCUGCUGCUGCCGCACAUCAAUGUGUUCCGCCCCGAUUCGACUCCAGCACAGGACCCGGUGCCUCGUAAGCCUCCUCCGCCGUACCCGGGUACCGCCGCUCCCGUCUCCUUGACCACCGGCGGUGAUGGGCGUUUCCACGGCAACGCGUUUACUAUGGCAACGCGCCUGACGAUUAACUACGGGGACCAGAGGCAACAGCAGCAGCAACAGCAGCAGCAUCAACAACAACCACCACCCCCUUACGUGCAUCUGCCCUCGGGGAAUUUUCUGCCACCGACUCCUCCAAGGUCACAGCCACAUAGCCCCGAAGUGGAUGGGGAUGUGCUCGCAAGUUUGGGUUUGCAACAUCAGCUUCAAAACCACCAUCAUCAUCAGCAGCAGCAGAAGCCCAUGGGUCAUCAUCACCCCCAUCAUCAGCAGCAGCAGCAUCGGCACCAGCACCAAAAUCAACAACAAGAUCAACGGUGUAUCGAGAUUGUCCAGAAUUGUCACACGCCCGUGAAAUUUCCUUCUCGAUUGUACACGAGUGGGCCGCACAAUCAUCAUCAUCAUCAGCAGCAGCACCAUCAGCUGCAGCACCAUCAGCAGCAGCAGCAGGUGCAGCAACACCCCGAGGCUGAGCUACAACUGCAACAUCAGCAGCAGCAGCAGCAAUUACUACAGCACUGUUUAAACAGCCCAAGCUUGGCUCAAAGUCAGCAAAGCCACAAUCAUCAUCACGAGCACGACUUGUACCAACGAGAUGUUUCCGCUGAUGAUGCUGAUCAUAAUAACGUGGCACAGCAGCACCACUGUCUACAUUCAAACAACGAGCAGCAGCAGCAUCAGCGGGAAAGUGUUUAUAAUCAGCAGCAUCAGCAGCAACAGGGAAGUGUUCACAACCAUCAGCAGGAGAGUGUUCAACAGCAGCAUCAGAAACAGCAGCAGCAAAGUGUUCACCAUCAUCAGCAGCAACAGCAGCCAAGUGUUCACCAUCAGCAGCAGCAGGAAAGUGUGAAUCAUCAGCAACAGCAGCAUCAGAAACAACAGCAGCCAAGUGUUCACCAUCAUCAGCAACAAGAAAGCGUUAAUCAUCAGCAACAGCAGCAUCAGAAACAACAGCAGCAAAGUGUUCACCAUCAUCAGCAGCAGCAAGAAAGCGUUAAUGAUCAGCCGCUGCGGCAUCAGCAGGAAAGUCGCCAUCAGCAUCAGCACCAUCAUCAGCAAGUGACACCGCGACUCCCCGGAGCUCCACGCAGCAGCCGUCAGAGCAACCCCGAGUUGGAGAAGAGACGGAUCCACCACUGCCUCUUCCCAGGUUGGAUUCCCUGUCGCGGGCUGCUCCAAGGUGUACACCAAGAGUUCUCACCUGAAAGCUCACCAGAGGACGCACACAGGCGAGAAGCCGUACGCGUGCGCGUGGGCCGGCUGCACGUGGAGGUUCGCGCGCUCCGACGAGCUGACGCGACACUUCCGCAAGCACACGGGCUCGCGGCCCUUCCCGUGCCACGCGUGCGGCCGGGCCUUCUCUCGCUCCGACCACCUGGCGCUGCACAGCAAGCGGCACCAGUGAGCCAGCACGCCCCGGCGCGCAUUUCUUCCUCGUUUUCCCCCUUUCCUCCUCGCAGGGCUAAACAACAACGGGUUCCGGCUACGGGACAUCUUGAAAUGUACAAAAACACAUUUGGCUCGUUUGUUUUGUUUAAAAAGGGGUCCCUCUCUCGGCGAGCCUCGAGGUUUACUCGACGAGGAAGUUCCUCUGCGAUUCGGCGUGGUUGGAUGGCGUCUGCGGGCGAGCGAAGAAACGCAAACGGAACCCGCCGCACACACGGUGACAUCGAAAGCUCCGCAGGGAGUGGAUUCCAGGGAUCCAUCGCUGCACUGCCAUCGCGUACCAGCUCGACAGCGCUUGCUGUAUUGAAACACAAAUCGCACCGGGGCUGCUUUCAAAAUGAGGGUUCACAGAUAUUCUGGAAGCUUUCAGGGUCGCCGAUUGCCGCGAGAGGCUGUCCCGUGACACCGGCAAACCAGGCACCGGCCCGCCAAAGAUAAAUAUCCCCCGUGUAGCCUUAAAAGACUGUUGGGACAAGUGCUGUUAGCCAACACCUAAGAAGGCCGACAAGGAGCACGAGGGGCUGGGUGGCCAGCACCACGCCCGGCCGCCUUUGUCUCCCCAGUGGUGAUAAUUGUACACACCGCACCAGGUACUCAUUUGAGGCCGGGUCGACCUACGGGAGGCCCAGGACCGAUUCAGACAAUCAACACUGAAGUUGGCCGUGAGCGGGAAUCGAACUCGGAUCGCCGGGUUCGUAGCGCAGCGCGCUAACCGCUACACCACAGCUCCCCGGUUUCAGCACCACUGCUUCCAACGGAGCCCGACUCUGCUGAUGAGACACUGCAUGGCGAAACCGGCGCCGAGUUAAGUUGUGCUUGUGCCGAAUCAGUGCUGCUUAGUUUACAACCCCCCACAAUGGCUGUGGGACGGAUGGGAUGCGUGCAAAGCAUUUUAAAAAAUUUUGAAUGAUGACAUAAAUACGGGUGUUCGGAUGUUCGAACACCAAAUAUUUGCACGAGAAAGGGCUAUAAGACUGCAUUGUUCUUCUAUUUUUAUAUCAUUCAGUACCUUGAUACUGGGGCAAGGUUUCGCCGUGGUUGCGUUGAUGCGGAGACGCAGACCUAUGAAUGAAACGCAUCGCCUGCUUAUCUGCGCUGUUCAUUAUCUUGCGGUUGUUUACUCGGGCAGUAAACAAAACAGAGAGUGGGUUGUAAAAAAAAACACAAUCACCAGCCUACCGCUGGUUGGCAAGCGUGUGAAUUGAUAUCUGGUGGAGUGUGGUAACAACGUCUGCUCUUGAAUGGUGACUUAUCCGGUCAAAUAUCCGCUCUGAAGCGGUGAAAUAAUGUGGUGUGUGGUAUCCGAUGCGAUUUGACGGAUUAUCCGGAAGAAAAAAAAAAUCGUUGUUCUGAAUUAUGUAUACACCUGGUACACAUGUCCGCUUGUGUGGAUCGAUGAAUUAAUCAGGUUUAAAAUAAUCUGGUCUGACAUCAUUAAAUACCCACAUGGUAUGAAGCGGUGACAUAUCUGACGAGUUAUGUUCACU